AUGUCUUCCUGCAAGCCGGUGUCCGAACGUAUCCGUGCCAGGCUGGAAGCAGCAGGCGAGCGGUAUUUUGCCAACGAUAACAUCCGUCGCUAUAUGCAUGCUGACGAAGUUGAAGAGCUUCAGCAUGAAGUCAAAGAAAAAUUGCAGGAAGUGCUCAAGUCACUGGUGAUUGAUGUUGAAAACGAUCACAACACGCAAGACACGGCCAAGCGGGUGGCUAAGAUGUUUGUGCAGGAAGUGUUCGCUGGUCGUUAUGCUGAGCAACCUGCAGUCACAGAGUUUCCAAAUGUAUCGCGUCUGAACGAACUGAUGAUCGUCGGUCCAAUUGCCGUUCGUAGUGCAUGUUCCCAUCACCUUUGCCCAAUCAUGGGUAAAAUCUGGGUGGGUGUUCUUCCAGAUGAAGAUUCUGCCCUGAUCGGACUGUCCAAGUACGCACGUCUGGUCGAUUGGGUCAUGUCGCGACCGCAGAUUCAGGAAGAAGCGAUCGCUCAAUUAGCCGAUGUGUUAGAAGAAAAAAUGGCGCCGGACGGGUUGGCCAUUGUGAUGGAAGCCGAUCAUUACUGUAUGCACUGGCGUGGCGUGAAGGACACCGAGUCCAAGAUGAUUAACAGCGUGAUGCGCGGCGCGUUCCGCAGCGAUGCUGACCUGUCGACAAUGGCGCCAGUUCGAAUAAGGGAUCGGUUUGUUUUGAAAGUUGCAGUUAUCGGUGCAGGAAUUACAGGCGUGUCAGCAGCAUGGCACCUUGACCAGGGUGGCAUGAGAGUUCACCUGAUCGAGGCCGGCCUGCGUAUUGGUGGUCAAGCACAUACGCACCUCAUAUCCGUUAAGGAAGGUAGUGUCACCGUCGAUACCGGCUUUUCUGUCUCAAACCCGGUUGGUUACCCAGGCUUUCACCAUUGGCUGAAUGGGUUUGACCUGGAGCUUAAUGCGGCCCGUAUGGACGUGUCUGUUCAGGAUCAGGUUGAAGAUCUGGAAUUUGGCACUGUCAGUCUCGCAGCGAUGACCGGCAAGGUUGGGCAGUUGUUCAGGUCAGGGUACUGGCGUAUCUGGCAGGAUCGGACGCGCCUGUUUGCUGAAUUGGAUGCCUUGCAAGGUACCGGCCAGAGCCUCGGUGACUAUAUACAGGGCAAGCGCUACAGCCGACGCUUCGUGCAGUCUUAUCUGUUACCGCUGAUCUCCGCGUUUCAGGGGUACACCGGAUCCGCAUUCGACAUGCCACUGUCUGAUGCGUUGAAUUAUCUUCGCUAUCAGAAGUUGCUGCAUUACCGCGGUGGCAGAGACUGGCAGGUUGUACAGGGCGGGUCAUCUGCCUAUCUGCAGGCCUUUGAAAAACAGUUCUCUGGUGUCAUUCAUACGAACAGUAUGGCGUCUGAUAUCAGCCGGGAUGGUCGACAGGUGAACCUGAUCAGAGAUGGUCUAGCAGAAACCUAUGAUGCCGUUGUACUUGCCUGCGACAGCGAUCAAGCCCUGCAUAUGCUCGCAGAUACAAGCUCUGAGCAGCGUACCGUUUUGGCUCAGGCUCUGCAGCGUCGCUGGUCAGAGGUUUCAACCCAGGACAUAUGCUUUGCCGGUGCCUAUUCCGGCUACGGUACACACGAAGAUGGUUUUAUCACCGGGUUGCACUGUGCUGAGCACCUGCUGCACAUGGCGGAGAUUAAUGUGAAUCUGCCGUUUAUCCUCAAUUUAGUAUUUUUCCAGAUUGUCUGGUUCAGCUGCGUUGUUGGUGCUGGCGCUUAUGGUCUGCACUGGCUGGCAUUAGGCGCCAUGGUUCCAUUGAUGGUGUUGAUCUGGUUCAGCCCGACCCGAAGAGCCGACCUUGCGCUGGCCACGGUCGCGCUGUGCGCGGGUCUGUUGAUAGAUAACGUCUGGGUUAAGACGGGGAUACUGCUUUACCCGGAGUACACCCUUGCCCCCUAUUGGAUUGGUCUGCUAUGGGUCGGCCUGGGACUGACCAUUAAUCAUUCUAUGUCGCUGUUUCGAGAUCACACAUUGAUUGGCUCUCUGGUUGUUGGCGCCUUUGCGCCUGUGACCUAUCUGUCAGGCGAACGCUUCGGCUCGGUGAUUGUGCAGGAACUGGCACUCACCCCACUGAUUUGCGUUACCUGGUUCGUGCUGUUCUUUGGUCUGGCCAAAUGGGCAUUAGCUAUGACGCAGUCGUCAGAGGUGUUGCUGAUCAGUGUUGCUGCGUUGAUUGGCGUGUUCAUGACGUACGUCAUUGUUGAAAACGUAUUGACCCGGGAAGCGCUUGAAACUGAAGCGGAGUAUUACUGGGAAGUUGUCCAGCAGGAUCCCACACAUCCUCUGCCAAAUGUGCGCAAUAUGGUGGGUUAUCUUGCCAAAGGGGACGAUUACUCUGCGGUGCCUGAGAACAUGCGCUCGCUUGAUCCAGGGUUUGGGCGAGCGGAAGGCAUGCAGGGCAAACCACUGAUAUUUGUCAGCCGUGAGAAUGAGCAGACGCUUUAUCUUGUUUUUGCAGAAGCUCAGGUAGCUGACCUGGUAUUCUAUUUUGGCCUGGCUCCGCUGGCUGCUGUUCUGCUGGUCGUUUAUAUCCUGCUGUUUCUAACCUAUCGCCUUUCUCACGCUGCUAUUUCGCCCAUGCUUAAUCUGGCCAAGUCCAUUGAACAGUUCGAUUUUCGUUCCACCCAGCGAUUAGAGGUGCCGGUCACACCUGAAGACGUUGACCGCGAAACCCGCCUGAUGGUUGAGGCACUGCAGGAAUUCAGUUCGCGCCUGGAAAAUUUUAUCGAGCGGGAACGUACAUUUACGCGUGACGCAGGUCAUGAGCUGCGUACCCCGAUAGCGGUGAUGAAAGGGUCGCUGGAUAUUCUUGAGAGCAACAAAGAGCGGUCAGAUGCCGAUCAGAAAGUGCUGCAGCGUAUGCGUCGAGUGGUGGUCGAUAUGGAGACCCUGCUGGAAACCCUGUUGAUGCUUGCCCGUGAAGAAGACGUUUUUGCCCAGGAAGGACCUACCAGCGUCAAUCAGGUCAUAGCAGAGGAGAUCGAAUUACUCUCUGAAUAUGCGGAAAAGAACAGCAAUCGGAUCGAGCUGAUUGAAGAAUUCGAUGUUGUCUGCAACGCACGCCCGAGGGUGCUUGCAAUCAUUAUGAGCAACCUGAUUCGCAAUGCGCUUACCUAUACGCAUAAAGGGCGUGUCACCAUUCGCAUCACGGAUCGUUACGUUGCGGUAACUGAUACCGGUAUCGGCAUGAAUGAUGAAGAUAUGGACAGUGCUUUCACGGCAUUUUUCCGCGGCGAGAAGGCAAAAAGUACAGCAAAUGGUCAGGGGUUGGGGUUAGCUCUGGUGCGGCGCCUGGCGCAACAGCUUGACUGGCGUGUUGACUUGGACAGUGAAGAAGGUGUGGGUACAGAAUUCAGAGUCUGGUAUAGAAACUGA